GACUCUACUGCAGCUUCUCAUCUCUCCAUUAUCAUCAUGAAUGGACUCCAGUUCAACCAUUACAGUGUUGGUCCGCGAUGAUCAACCUCCAGAACUCCGAUACCGGACCCGCUUUCCCAUCGCCUCUGGAACCUGGCGUUAACCCAGGUGUCGGCCCUUUGUACCUGUGGGCCUGCCGCUGCCCUGGAGACCAUGGAAGAGGAAACGGGGGAAGAGAGCUGGCUUCUUCGUUCAGCUCCGAAAGAUCCUGAGAGGCGAAGCUCUUCCCGAUCGCUGCUCCGCGGCUGUGUUGUGGCGGAUCCAACAGAAACUCAACGGAGUUGGGCUGAUCUCGCUGCUAAAUGGUGCCCCUGAUGCAGGACGCUACCUAAAGGAGAAACCUUGACUGGCGAAAUGAGGAUUGUUCUGGUGGGAAAGACUGGAAACGGGAAAAGCGCCACUGGAAACACCAUCCUGGGUCGAUCAUGUUUUGAGUCCCUGUGCAGUCCCACGUCUCUGACUGUAGAUUGUGCUAAAGGCACAGGCGAGGUGGACAGACAACAGGUUGCUGUCAUUGACACUCCAGGCCUGUUUGACACCAGGUUUGGCUCAGAUAAAACAACCAAGGAUUUGAGUCAGUACAUCUCCUUUUCUUCUCCCGGACCCCACAUCUUCCUGGUGGUCAUCUCUCUGACCAGAUUCACUGAUGAGGAAAAGCAGACGGUGCAAAAGAUUCAAGAAAUCUUUGGACAUGCUGCAGACAAAUACAGCAUGGUUCUCUUCACUCAUGGGGACAACCUGGAAGACACCACUGUUGAAAGUUACUUGGCUCGCAGCACAGACCUACAGGAACUCGUGUCCAGAUGCAACGGUCAGUAUCACGUCUUCAACAACAAGCUGAAGGACAAGAAGCCUCAGGUCAUCGAGCUGCUGCAGAAGAUCAGAAACAUAGUUCAGAAGAAUGGAGGAAGCCACUACACCAACGAGAUGUUCCAGGAGGCUGAGAGGAAGAUCGAAGAGGAGAAACAACGCAUCCUAAAGGAGCAGCAGGAGAAAAUACGCAGAGAAAAAGAAGAAAUAGAGAGAAAAGUGCAGCAACAGUGUGAGAUAGAAAGGCAAAAACUGAAUCAGCAGCUUCAGGCUGAGAGAGAGAGGGAGAGACAGAGGAGAGAGGAGGAGAGGAGGGUGGAGAUUGAGAGGAUAAAUGAAGAGAGGAGGAGAGCAUUGGAAAAGCUAGAGGAGCAAAGAAGGAUAGAAAGGGAGGCGAAGGAAAGGGAGAUGGCAGCAAUGAUGCACAGAUUAAAUGAACAGAAAGCAGAGGAACUCAGACAGCAAGCAGCAAGGAUCCAAGCUGAACAGGCUGUAAGGAUGAUCCAAUCUGUGUCGCGUUCUUCCCCCGAUCCCUGCAAUAUAAUGUAAAUGUUGCAUCAUUUCACUUUACUGUCAUUCAGCAUCUUUUUCCAGUUGUUUGUAGUUUUGCUUUUAGUAAUUUGAUGCAGAAUUCACCAGCUGGUUGUUGUAUUCGUUCUCCGUUUACGUUUGCUGCAGUCUCUGUUAAGCUGUUAGAUUUUGUUCCUGAUUCAAGAGCUGAGCUUUCUCAUUAUUUUCAGCGUCUUAGCAGAUUACCGGUUUUAAGUUCCCGAUACAGCUGCUCUGGAGUCGGGUCCACAACAGAAGUCCCAGUGUAACACAACAUGCUCAGGGAAAGACAAAUAAAGAGAAACUCUUGAUUCAA